AUGAGCGGCUUUGGAAGACGUGGUAACGACGGGCAUGAAGGCUACUUCAUCAACCCUCAUUUAUCAUUACCAGUUCCAAGCAGCCAUGGAGACGGCCAUGAGUUCGAGGCAGGUCCCUAUCACUUUCCUCAGCACCACUUCAGUUCAUACUCGCCCCAUUUCAGCUUGCCCUACAACCACACAAGCAUGCCAUCCCAUCAUUCACCGGCAGCAUCCAUCCCACCAAUCCCGGACCAUGCAUCCCUGCACCACUCGCCGACACAAUGUAUGCCGCAACCACGGUACCUCCAAGGACCAGCAUAUCUGCCGCUGCACGAGGCAUUGGCCGAGGCAGAGCUCGAGAGCCAGGAGUCGAGGAACGAGGCCACAAUGCUUUCUGAACCAAUCAUCCCCCCUCUAGAGGGGUUUCCCAAUGUAAAGGAGUUCGACCAAUUGGUGAAAAGUUAUGUCGACGAUUUGUCCGUGAAGAAGCAAGACAAGGCCUUGAUCCAUGCCAAGAGGGCGCGAAACAUCAGAACCGUCUUGAUAGAUCCCAAGGAUACGGCAAUAGAGUCCGCCCAGUUCCGGUUUUGGGUCAAGAAAAUGUUCAAGCUUCAAGGAGUCGGUGGAAAUACCUCAGAUUGCACGAAGAUGAUAUGUCACGAAGGAAAGCCAGUCGCUAUCAGAGAAAAGCUGUUCAAAAUCCUCAUUAAAGCACACCAGCAGUGCCAACAUGGUGGGCGAGAUAAAACAUCUGCUCAGGUCCGGCAGAUAUAUUCAUGGGUUCCCAAGGAGCUGAUAUCACGUUUCUUCGCGGAGAAGCUCCCCGCCGCUCGAGAUAUGCUCACGUUCACCGAAACUACCUUCUCCCCCUAUUUCCAGGCGCCAACCGGCCAUUCCUGGACCAGCCACUCUGGGGAGGCCACAAAUAGAGUAUUUCCACCAGCAAACAAACUGGGUUGA